UUCGAUGAGCAAGAAUAAACCCAAACCAACCGAUUCUAAGCCGUAGUUAUCAAGUAUGCUUGCCUCAUUUAUAGUUUAUAGAAGCAGAAUUGGAGGCUUAAAAUAAGGCUAAAUAAGUUAACGAUGUUGAAAAUGAGGCGUACAAGGUAUUAUAAUUUUGAAACUCCUCUAGAAAUAAAUGAGAGAAGAAAUUAGAUUACUUAAAACAGACAUAGAUGCCGAAGAGAAAUUACUUUCCUAAUAUCAAUAGGAAAGAGAAAAGAUAAAUUACAACUGGAUCAUUGCAAAAAAGGAAUUGGAUGAUAAAAAAAGUGAUUUCAUUAACAAGGAGAGAGAAAUUCAGGAUCUAAAGGAGAAUCACUUUAUGCAAUUGAAUCUUUACAAAUAAAAGUAAGGUUUCAUUAUAUAAUUAGAAUUAAGCAUCUGUUAUUUUAAAAUCAGGAUUAGUAGAGUGAUUUAAGAAAGGAUGUAGAAGUCACUCUAAAACAAUUAGAAGAUGAUCAUAGAAUGAAGGACAGAGAAUUGAAGACUGAUAUAAGAUCAUUGAAAGUUCAAUAAAAGGAGGCUGAUUUGGCAUAAAAUGAUUAUAUGUUCGCACUUAAAACUGAAUAUGAUCGUCAAGCUACUUAAUUGAGAUAGAACUUUGAAAGACAGGCGAAUGAUUUAAAAGAGAAGUAUCAUUUAAAAAUGGAGAAACUAAGAAGAGAGAUGGAAGAAGCAAGAAAUAAUCUCAUUAAAAUUCUUUAAGAAAAAAAGGAUCUAAGAAUAUAGUAAUUAACCAAAGAACAUUCAAAAAAAUACACAGAAAUUAAGAAUUACUAUUCUGAUAUCACUGCUACUAAUUUAGAUAUGAUCAAGAGUUUAAAGAAUGAGAUUACAGACCAUCAGAAGAAGGAAGAGAAGGAUAAGAAACUCUUGUAAUCCAUUGAAAAUGAGUCUAAGAAUUUGAAUGAGCCACUCAAGGCCAUCAAAGAAGAAAUUAAGUUUUUGAUUAAAGAGAAGGAAGAACAAGCCCAAGUUGUUCAAUAGAAGGAACAAUUGAAAUUGAAAAUAGAUGAACUUGAGAAGAAAUUUAGAAAUUUAGAAUACGAAUAUGAAGUUAAAUUAUAGCAUUUCCAAUACAUGGAGAGGGAAAAGAAAUCUCUUGAAGACAAAUUCAAUUCAACAAUUCAAUCUAUUUAAUAAAAGACUGGUUUAUAAGUACAUCUUGUAUCACAUUAUAUAAUAGAAUCUGAUUUUGGAAAAGAAGACAUCUGCCAUCUAAGAGGAACUUGAAAUUAAGGAAUUGCAAUUGAAUCAAGUCUUACAAGGAGCAAAUAUCGAUCAAAACAGUAUGAGUAAUUUUAUCAGAUUAAUCUAGAUGUCAUCACAAGAUAGUAUUAAGAAAUUGAUGUCUAAAAGUCAGCCCAAAUAGCUGAAUUGCAAUAAUAACUAACUUAAAUAAGAAAGGCUCAUUCUCAUAUGGUUAAGGCUUAUGAUGGCAAAUUGGCUGAGUUUGUUAUUCCUGUUGAGGAACUUGGAUUCGAUCCUUUGGUGCCAACUUUUACAGAAUGA